GACUUUGAAGACUUUGUUUGAUGGCUGCAUAGGUGGAGUAAACCGAGCGGAACGUGAAAAUAGCCACAAGAAAGACAGCACAGGUGUGUCGGAUGAAAGAACAGGAACCGACUUGGUGCAGCUCGGAUAAUAAGUUUUUGUGAUGGAGUGGCGUGAGCAGUCCGUUGUCAGCUGCGACGAAGCCUAUGUGGAGGCGCAGAGAUGGAUUGAGGCAGUAACCAAGAAAAAAUUUGGGAGCGACGACUUCCGAUCAGCGCUGGAGAAUGGUGUUCUGUUGUGUGAUUUGAUCAACAAGAUCAAGCCUGGGAUCAUCAAGAGGGUUAACAGGCUGCCCACACCUAUUGCUGGACUGGACAACCUAAACGUCUUCCUCAAGGCCUGCGGGAAGCUUGGACUAAAGGAAGCACAGCUCUUUCACCCGGGAGAUCUUCAGGACUUAUCCACAAGAGUUACAGUCAAGCAUCAAGAGACCAACAGGAGGCUGAAAAAUGUUCUGAUCACCAUUUACUGGCUGGGGAGAAGAGCUCAGUGCGACCGUGCUUAUGAUGGACCUUACCUGAACUUUAAGGCAUUUGAGGGCUUAUUGGGCACAGCACUAUACAAGGCUCUGCAGGAAUCGUCCAGUCAGAAAGGCAGCAACGUCAGAGACAGCGGUUUUGGAGAUAGCUGGUACUCAGAGCGAGAGGAGCUCUUCCAACUGAGAGAAGGAGGAGGAGGAGGAGGCGGAGGAGGAGGCAGACACAGGAGAGACGACUCCCUGGACAGCUUGGACUCUUUGGGCUCCCGACCCCAGAGCAUCUCAUCUGACACCACUCUUAAAGGCAGCAGUGAGGGUUGUUGCAGUGACACUGAGGCAGACUCGGUCUUCAGGAUGGCCGAGAACAAGGAUGGUCUCAGUUACCGCCGGACAGGAGUCAUUGCUCCCAAGACCACCGCCCAGUUUAACCAGUUCCUACCCACUAAAGACAAACCCUCGGGCUACGUGCCCGCUCCCCUAAGGAAGAAACGGGCUGAACGCAAUGAGGACAGCCGGCGCAGCUGGGCCAACACCUCAUACACAGAGGAUGAAGGCCAACUCACCAGACAGCUCCAAACGCAGGAGAGUAUCGACGGGAGUAAAUCAACAAGUGAUAUCCAGGUCGACCCCGACAUCAUCCGGCAGGUUCGCUACGAUGAGCUGCAGAAGUAUCGCGACCAAGUAAAGGAGAGUGAUGAUAAGUGGCAGGAUGACCUGAGCAAAUGGAAGAACCGGCGCAGGAGUGUCAACUCUGAUAUAGUGAAGAAGAAAGAGGAAAGGGAGAAGAUAGAACAGGUCACGUUCGGCAGCAACAGAAGGUCCAAGACCUUCAAGGAGAUGCAAGAGGAGAGAGAAACUAAAGGAAGGAACAGCAUCGGCAGCCGCCUCGGAUCUCUGUCUUACCUGGACGACGAGGACGUAUUUGAUAAACCUGUCGUUUCCCCUCGUACCCGAACCCUUCCUGCCAGGAGCUACACUAUUGACACUCCGUACUAUUCCUCUGAACCUCCUGAGCCUCUGAAAGAGGACGAACCCCCUGCUGCCUCCCCAGCAACUGGCAGGGCCACUUCCCCUCCCACUUCACAGGAAGUUGACAUUGUGGACAGUCCUGCAGGCAGCGACGCCACGACCACCAUCACUCCCGCCAGCCAAGACUUUUCCCGCCGCUCCCGGUCUCCGGUGGCUGCACCGCCUCCUUUACGGAGGAGCCUGGUCCCAGAACGCACCGAACCAGUCAAGACAGAGAGGACCACCACCACCGUCUCCUCUUCUAGCUCCCUACAGAAGGUGCCCGAGCCAAGGCGCCCAUUGUUGGGCAGACAGACUGAGGUGGGGGCCCCCUCCUCUGGUUCUCUGUACAAACAACAACCACAGCCCAGCUCAAUGGAACCCAAGCCUCCCGUGGUGUCUCGGGUUUCCGCCUCCCUCCCCAGGAGCUACCAGAGAUCGGAUAGCGCACGUCUAACCUCAGUUGUCACGCCAAGGCCCUUCGGGACCCAGUCAUCCCGCCUCAGCUCACUUCCCCGAGCCCAUACAGUGGACGAUGCCCAGAAGCGCGUCAACGGCGACGCUGCUGUUUCUAAGAAGUCAUCCGUGCCAAGCCGCUAUCACCAGUUCAUGACCUCUGAGGACGAGAUUCAGUCUCAGUCCAGCUCGGCCCACAGCAGUGAAGACGAGGAGGAGGAGGAAGAAGUAGACAAGACCACAACGAAGAGCAUCACCUCCACUCAAAGUGUCUCACCUGUCCCUCCUCAGGUCAAGAGUGAAGCCCCAGUGAGUCCCGCUCCAGCCAAAGAAACCAGCCAGGUACUCAAGUUACCUUCUGCUGGUAAAACAGACGAGCUAGUGUACUCAAGGGAGAACUACUGUGAGAUGCGGAUCAGCCUGAACCAAAAGCCCAACAGCAGCACGGACUUUGGCUUCCAGGCAGCCUGGGACUCGACGGGAGCUCGCGUCAAAUCCAUCCAGCCAGGCAGUCCUGCAGAGAUGUGCCAGCUUCAGGUCGGAGACGAGGUGCUGUCGGUGAACGGGCACCAGGUGGCAGAAAUGAGCUACACAGACUGGAAGUCCCGCAUGGAGGAGGCUCUGCAGGAGGGAAACCUGGUCAUGGAUAUACGCCAUCACGGCAAGAACAACUGGGACAGAGAUCAACCUUCCCUGCCAUUUAAAAGCCAUAAGACCAUCAAUCUGACCAGUACGGAUCAUCCGAUACUUCUAGGUUCCACUGACACAAAUGCUGUCAGCUCCAGCCUGGAUUUCACCUCAAGGGGUACCAUGGAAAAGCUGCCGUCCAAAGAGGCCCCUGCCCACCCAGUCGUUGAUAUGGCUUCAAACGGAGUUAAUGGAGGUUACCGUGAGCAGUCGGUGACCAUGAGGAACAAAGAGUCAGAACCCAUAUCUUUGAAAAACUUAAAACGGAGAUCAGAGUUUUUUGAAAAAGGAGGAUCAGAGACUGCAAUGCCAGAUAUACCUGUUCCUUCAAUCACUCCGUCUUCCAGUCGCUGGUCUUGGGACCCAGAAGAGGAGCGCAAAAGACAAGAGAAAUGGCAAAAGGAGCAGGAGCGCCUCCUACAGGAGAAAUAUAAGCGCGACCAGGAGAAGUUGCAGGAGGAGUGGUUAAAGGCUCAGCAGGAGGUUGCAGAACAACAAGAGCCUGAGAGCCUGGAGGUGAACAGCCACAGCAUCAGCCCACACUCACCCCUCUCUCCCAUCAGCCAGCCCACCUCUUCUCUGUGGGAAGAGGAAGAGACAAAGAGGAAGGAGGAGCAGGAGCGCCAGAGGCAGGCGGAGGAGCAAGAGCGCCAGAGGCAGGCCAGGGAGCAGGAGCGCCAAAGGCAGGCCGAGGAGAGGAGGAAGAGGGAGGAGGAGGAGCGGGAGCUGCAGCGUCUCCAGGAGGAGAGACAGAGGAGGGAGAGACAGGAGGAGGAGGAGAAGAAGAGAAAGGAGGAGGAGGAGCUCAGAUGGCAGAGAAGGAGAGAGGAGGAGAGAGAGGAGGAGAGGAGGCGGCAGGAAGCCGCAGAGCAGCAGCGCAGAGAGCGUGAGAGAGCCUUGGAGCAGCAGCAGCAGCAGCAGCAGCAGUGGAUGAAAUCUAAAUCAUCUCCCCAGCUUGAUGAAGAGGAAAAACCUCAGAGAAAAGGGGUGUAUGUGCAGCCGGGGGGCAUGGCUCACUGGCUGCUGGAAGAGCAGGUGAGGAGUGAGCGUGACAAACAGGCCCAAAGUCAGCGGGCUGCGUCUGAGCUGGAGAUGGAGAGGAGAAACAUCCUCAAUGCCAUGAGAUACAGAGAGCCAGAGAGAGUGACGGGCGGUGGACUGGUUGACAGGAAGGGUCAGCAGUCCAUGUCGCAGGCAGAGCUGGAGCGUCAGCAGAUCCUCAAUGAGAUGAAGAAGAAGACUCCGCUGCUGAUGGACAAAAGCUGGAUCCGCCAGCGCUCUGCCGCCGCUGCCGCCGCCACCAAGGAGUCUGACGUGCCACCCAUGCGCAGAGGUGAGUCUCUUGACAACUUGGACGCCUCCUACAACUCCUGGCGAUCCUCCUGGACUCCCAGAAGCAACUCUACCAUCCAAAACUACACUCGGCCUCACUCUGCGCUCUCUGGCAGCUUUUACGGUGGCGGGCCGGGGGCGCAGCGGUCCGGCUCCUCCUCCACUCUGCCUUCCUCCUACUCCAUGGGCUCCCUCCGAGGCGGGGCAGGAACCCCCUCGUCCCCUUGGUCCCGGCAGUCUCCUUCCCCCUCACCCUCCUCUCCGUCACCCACCACCUCUCCAGAGCCCACGUCUGAUGCAGGCAGCCCUCAGCAGCGGAGCAGGUCAGUGAGUGGCAAGAAAAUCUGUACAUUCUGUGACAGCCCGCUGGGAAAGGGAGCAGCCAUGAUCAUCGAGUCCCUUGGGCUCUGUUAUCAUUUGGGCUGUUUUAAGUGUAUCGACUGUAAGUCUGACCUCGGAGGAUCGCAAGCUGGGGCUGAAGUCAGAAUACGAAACAAGCAGCUCUACUGUAACACCUGCUAUAUGCGAUUCAAAGCUGGCCAGCCAACCCCUAUGUGACGUGACUGUACUCCAGCAGAUUGAUGAAGAGACUACUUGUGACAACAACCCAUGAACAUUAAAGUGAACAUUGAAGCCAUUCAAAUAGCGGGGACACUUGGUUUCGACAUACUUCCAUUUAUGACUCUUAAAAAAUCUCUGUUGACUUGCUGAUGAGAUUAUAUUUGGGCUUUUUUUUCAGAGUGUGAUUGAGAGGGAAAGCUUGAGAAGAAGUUAUCUACUUUAAUCUGUUCAUAUCAUCUUAAGUAUUACAGUUGUACAAAAUGUAUGGGUUCUGCAUGCACCGGAGUUUUAAAUGUUUUAGCCAUGAAACUAGUCAAAAAUUGUCUAUAAAAUUAUUAAGGCAGAUCUUUAAAAUGACCUUCACUGAGAAAGAUUAUAGAGAUCUUGAAAGUUUUCAAGGUUUCAGUCUCCUCUUACUCGUGCUUCUUUUUCCGCUAAGUCUUGUGGUAUUAACACGUCUGUCAAGCGAUGUAUUUCUAUCAUGUCUAUGUGCCUUUUUUGUUUGUAACAGGGAGAAGUAAUUAAGAUUAUUAGAAUUCUUUCGAAGCGUAUUUAAAGCUGUGUGCUUGACAGCACUUGUCUGGAGUUUUCACUAAUAGAUGGAGGAUUGAACACAAGCAGGUUUCUAUGUGAAGAAUAUAUCGAAUGGCAUUGAGGCAAACAGUAACAUUUGUAAAUAAAAAUGACUAAAUACUC